AUGUGCUUAGCGAAUGGAAUUCGUGAUUUUUCAAUUAGCCAAGCAUUAAAUGUUGUUCUCAAAGAUGAUUUGGAUUCUAAAUUAAAUCCAGUCCGUUUAUUUGUGAAUGACGUUAGGGCCAGUAAAAGUUGCUCUGGUGGAGAUAUAUUCUAUGUACCGACCUUGGCUGGAAUAAUUCAAGGUCCUCUUGCAUCAAUGUUCAGAGAAUCGAGUUACCUUUAUUUACCCCUACCACUUCGCCUUCUUCGGGAUCAGGAGGUAUGGAGCAUUAGCGAAUUUGUUGCUCGUUCUGAACGUAAUCAUAAUCUAGGAGAUUACAUCAAUAAGGAGGAUGUAGAUCACAAUUUUGUUCUUCCCGAUGCAGAUUCUAUUAAAUACCAUGAACUUAAAUACCGAUAUCUUUAUACCGUACAACAAGAAUACUUGUCGUUUGGUACUGUGUAUAAGAACGGUCUAAAUGCUCCUUGGGAUAUUUUCUUUUUUCUGAAUAAUUGCCUUUUUGCGAUUCAAGUGAAGUCUUCAAAUCCCGAAGCUAAUCAACCUCAAACCUUAGACAAGUCGAUGAUAGAUGGAGAACAGAAGCCGGAUUUAAAGACAAACGACAAAAUGGAUGUCAAUACUGCUGAAGGUUACGAAUUAAGAACAAUUAAAGGUAUAGGACCUGCAACUGCGCGUGAAAUACUUAGCAAAAGGCCAUACGAUGAUGAAGAUGAUCUAUAUAAUCAAGUCAAUAUAGAUGGACAAGCAAAGAAAAAAAUUAAGGUCAUAAAAAAAUAUUAA